CGGCAGUGCCGCCGCCGUCGCCGCCGCAGGUGUAGCCGCGCUCCAGCCUCUCGGUCGGGCUCGCCUGUCCCGGACUCUCCCCGGCUCUGAGCGUCCCUACCCAGGGACGACCGGAGAGUCUGCUCACCGCCCGUCUCGGCCGUGCUCCGCUCCUCGGGCGUGCGAGGGGCCGCGGCGGUGGUUGGCAGCGGCGCCCGGCAUGUAUCAGAACCCGCGGCGGCUCUGCUCCGCCCUGCUGCUCAGGGACGCGCCCGGCCUGCGCCGCCGGCCCGGCCCCGGCCCGCGCGGGCAGUCGUCCCCGCGGGCGGCCGCCCCCCGACCAGCGUCCCCCCGGCUCCUGGUGGCUGCCUCGGGCGCCGCGACGCUGUGUUCGCGAACAGCCUGUUCCAUGGGAAACGGCACGAGCAGACUCUAUAGUGCUCUUGCCAAGACACUGAACAGCAGCGCUGCCUCCCAGCACCCAGAGUAUUUGGAGUCGCCUGACCCAGAACAUCUGGAGCCCAUUGAUCCUAAAGAGCUGCUUGAGGAAUGCAGGGCAGUCCUGCACAGUCGACCUCCCCGGUUCCAGAGGGACUUUGUGGACCUGAAGACAGAUUGCCCCAGUAGCCACCCCCCUAUAAGGGUCAUGCAAUGGAACAUCCUCGCUCAAGCUCUCGGGGAAGGAAAAGACAACUUCGCACAGUGCCCCGUGGAAGCACUCAAGUGGGAAGAGCGGAAGUGUCUCAUCCUAGAAGAAAUCCUAGCCUACCAGCCUGACAUCUUGUGUCUCCAAGAAGUGGACCACUAUUUUGACACCUUCCAGCCACUCCUCAGCAGACUGGGCUAUCGAGGCACAUUUUUCCCCAAGCCCUGGUCACCUUGUCUCGAUGUAGAACAUAACAAUGGACCAGAUGGCUGUGCCUUGUUCUUCCUCCAGAACCGCUUCAAGUUAGUCCACAGUACCAAUAUCAGGCUGACGGCCAUGGCAUUGAAAACCAACCAGGUGGCCAUUGUACAGACCCUAGAGUGCAAGGAGUCCAGUCAACAGCUCUGCGUCGCUGUCACCCACUUGAAAGCACGAUCCGGCUGGGAGCAGUUUCGAUCAGCUCAAGGCUGUGAUCUUCUCCGGAACCUGUAGAACCUCACCCAAGGAGCCAAGAUUCCCCUUAUUGUUUGUGGGGACUUCAAUGCAGAGCCAACAGAGGACGUCUACAAAAAUUUUGCUUCCUCCAGCCUCAACCUGAGCAGCGCCUAUAAGCUGCUGAGUCCAGAUGGGCAGUCAGAACCUCCGUAUACUUCCUGGAAGAUCCGGACCUCGGGGGAGUACCGGCACACCCUGGACUAUAUCUGGUAUUCUAAACACUCUCUGAGUGUGAGGGCAGCUCUGGAUUUGCUCACUGAAGAACAGAUUGGAGCCAGUCGGCUCCCAUCCUUCAAUUAUCCUUCUGACCACCUGUCUCUAGUGUGUGACUUCAGCUUUAAUAAUGAACCUGAUGGACUUUCAUAAACACUUUGUAAUCACAAGUCUUAACCAGGGAUGUUUCAGGAAAACUGAGGUUAGGAUACGUUGCCCGAGGAAGGAUUCCCAGUUUCUCUCACUUCACUUUCCAUGUUUCCAGCAUGCCUUGGAGAAGGAAUCCCACUAGUUAACAAACGUUUUCCAUUAAACCCUUCAGCGAAAAAGGUGUUUGCACUCCAGUUUUGGCUUGUUUUUUUCUCCUUUCCCCUAGCAUUAAAUUUAGAUCAAUUAAGGGCAUUAAAUUAGUCUUGUUGUGAAGUUUUCAGUUUGAUGAUGCUAUAUAAAAAUACUUUGUCUUCCAUAAUUAACAAGUAUGCAGGAACAAUUUCCUCUAGACAGUAUUUCAAGUUAUUUAUUUGUGGUUUUAAGUAUCAACAAGAUAUGCAUGGCAGUAUUUAUU